AUGAAAACCUCCAUCUCGUCCGAUGUCUGGGAGACCAAGAAAGCAUUGAUCUCUCGACUAUACAUGGAGGAGGAGUGGCCACUCAAACAGGUCAUUAAGCAGAUUCGGUCUGAUGACUUCAAUCCGAGUGAAACGCAGCUACGCAGCAGGUUAAAGAAAUGGCGAGUCACCAAGCCAUCGCGUCAAAUACGCAAUAAGCCUCAAGCCCCAACACGCUCCAAGCAUGAUCCCGAUGCCAAAAAGAACAACAAACGUCGAUCCUCGCCGCGGCCAAAAGAACCCCAACCGCCGUCGGCCUCCUCUACUGAAGUGUCGUCGGCGCCGACCGAGUGGACUGUGAACCUUCCCGUCUAUACGCAGCCCAAGUUGUCAUUGCCGGCACAGCCAUUGACCCCGAGUCCUUCAUCAGGGCAACAGACCCGGGCUAACAACUCCUUUACGGAUCUGAGCUCUCGUACUUCCUUCGCCGGCCCAAUCCCGCAUGACAGUCCUUUUAAUCAAACAUCUUCGGCCAGCGAGGACCUCAUGCUUAAUACUUCUACCUGCGCCUAUCCGAGCCCGGGCUAUCCUCUUUCUCCCGACCUGUGCCUCCCGAUCUCGAGUACGGCCACUGCGCCGCCGGGAAUGCCAUGGCCAACUCGUUCUCUCUCUGUCGACUUUGGUCUCAACCCUGCCGUCAGCGCGUCAACUUGGUACUCGACCUUGGGAGUCAUCACGCCCCCGCUUUGUUCAUCCCAUUCCGCCGCUCCCCUAAGCGCCCCGAUAGUAGGACAGAUGCCUGUCGUGGUCCCUCCAUCUCCGGAUCACGGUUAUUUUCCUCCAUUCACACAAUAUCCGAGUGAAAUGCCUGGAUUUGCGUACGACUACGCUGAACCAAGGACAUGGAAACGCGCCAUGUCCCUGCAGUACAACCCGAUGCCGGAAAUGGAGCUGCAACAUACGGGCCCGUCGUGUGUGCCAGGCUUCUAUGUUAGCCAGGAUCAUCUGGUGCAAAAGACUUCAGGUGUUGGGUACUAG